AUUUUGUUUAGACUUUUGAGGUUAAGCCGUACCGACGCCGUUAUUGUUUUCACGAUAAAUUAGUUAAUAAAUCAAGCAGAAUGAAACUCGUCAGGUUUUUAAUGAAACUAAGCCACGAGACGGUCACUAUAGAGUUGAAAAACGGCAGUGUCGUUCAUGGAACAAUUACCGGGGUGGAUGUCGCUAUGAACACACAUUUAAAAGCCGUAAAAGUUACGUUAAAAAAUCGUGAAGAACUACAAUUGGAGACCUUGAGUAUACGCGGGAACAAUAUCCGAUAUUAUCUACUUCCAGACAGUCUGCCUUUAGAGACUUUGUUGAUCGACGACACUCCUAAAGGCAAGGGCAAAAGGGAAGGAUUUGCGCGCGGCGGCGGCGCCAGAGGUGGUCGUGGCAGAGGCCGAGGUGGCCGCGGAGGCCCCAGAGGCGGUCGUGGAGGCCGAGGUCGCGGACGCCGGUAGAUAAAAACCUAAUUUUAAGCCAAACUUGAUCACAGUAAGUGAGGUCUGAUAUUUGUGAUUGAAUUAAAUUUUCAUGGUGUUUUUUAUUCUACUAAGUAACAGUGUUCAUGCUUAACACAAUAAUAAAACUACAAUAAUUACUUGCAAACUGUUAUUAAAAAGUAUUGU